CUCAUGUGACUUGUCACAUGACUACAGAUCCCCUGCCAGCCAAAAUGGGACUCCCAGCGUGCCUCCUGGGGCUCCUUGCUCUCGUCGUCGCGGGCAAAUGCACUCACAGCCCUGAGCCGGACCAGCGGUGGAUGCUGCCCCCAGGCUGGGUGUCCCUGGGCCGCGUGGACCCUGAGGAAGAGCUGAGUCUCACUUUUGCGCUGAAACAGCAGAACCUGGAAAAACUCUCGGAGCUGGUGCAGGCUGUAUCGGAUCCCAGCUCUCCUCGAUAUGGAAAGUACCUAACCCUAAAGGAUGUAGCUGAGCUGGUCCAGCCAUCACAACUCACCCUCCGCACUGUCCAAAAGUGGCUCUCAGCAGCUGGAGCCCGGGAUUGCAAUUCAGUGAUCACACAGGACUUUCUGACUUGCUGGCUGAGUGUCUGGCAGGCUGAGCUGCUGCUCCCUGGGGCUGAAUUCCAUCGCUAUGUGGGGGGACCUGCAGAGACCCACGUUGUAAGGUCCCCACAUCCCUACCAGCUUCCCCAGGCUUUGGCCUCUCAUGUGGAUUUUGUGGGGGGACUGCACCGUUUUCCCCCUACAUCAUCUCUGAGACAACGCCCAGAACCACGCGGGGUAGAAAGUGUUGGCCUGCACCUGGGGGUGACUCCAUCUGUGCUCCGUCAGCGCUACAACCUGACAGUGCAAGAUGUGGGGUCAGGCACUACCAACAAUAGCCAGGCGUGCGCCCAGUUCCUGGAACAGUACUUCCAUAACUCAGACCUGACCGAGUUCAUGCGCCUGUUUGGUGGCGAUUUUGCACACCACGUAUCAGUAGCCAAAGUGGUUGGAAAACAGGGGCGAGGUCGAGCUGGGAUCGAGGCCAGUCUAGAUGUGGAAUACCUGAUGAGUGCUGGUGCUAACAUCACCACUUGGGUCUACAGUAGCCCCGGCCGGCACGAGGCACAGGAGCCCUUCUUACAGUGGCUCCUGCUUCUCAGCAAUGAGUCAGCCUUGCCACAUGUACAUACUGUGAGUUAUGGAGAUGAUGAAGAUUCCCUCAGCAGCAUCUACAUCCAGAGAGUCAACACUGAGUUCAUGAAGGCUGCUGCUCGGGGUCUCACCCUACUUUUUGCUUCAGGUGACACUGGAGCUGGGUGUUGGUCUGUCUCCGGAAGACACAAGUUCCGUCCUAGCUUUCCUGCUUCUAGCCCUUAUGUCACUACGGUAGGAGGCACCUCCUUCAAGAAUCCGUUCCUUGUCACAAAUGAAGUAGUUGACUAUAUAAGUGGUGGAGGCUUCAGCAAUGUUUUCCCACGGCCUUCAUACCAGGAGGAAGCAGUGGCCCAGUUCUUAAAGUCCAGCUCUCAUCUACCACCAUCUAGUUACUUCAAUGCUAGUGGCCGUGCCUACCCAGAUGUUGCUGCACUUUCUGAUGGCUACUGGGUGGUCAGCAACAGAGUCCCCAUUCCAUGGGUAUCUGGAACCUCGGCCUCUACUCCAGUGUUUGGGGGAAUUUUAUCCCUGAUAAAUGAGCACAGAAUCCUCAAUGGCCGACCCCCUCUUGGCUUUCUCAAUCCGAGGCUCUAUCAGCAGCAUGGGGCAGGACUCUUUGAUGUAACCCAUGGCUGCCAUGAAUCCUGUCUGAACGAAGAAGUGGAGGGUCAGGGUUUCUGCUCUGGUCCUGGCUGGGAUCCUGUGACAGGAUGGGGAACACCCAACUUUCCAGCUCUACUGAAGACCCUUCUCAACCCUUGAUCCUUUCCUGCCCUGCUGGGAAAGCAGAACUGUCCCAUGUACUACAGGAGAAGGCUCAGUUCCUUACUAUUCCUCAACAGAAGCCCUGCUGAAGCCCUGUUGCCUGCUUGCAGACAUCUUUUCCCUAACCCUCAAAUCCUGUGAGCAGGACUCAACUCAAACCUUACUGUGCUCCAUCAAACCCAGACCUCUUAACUUCUGCCUCCAAAUUAUCAACAAGAUGCUACAACCAGCAUAUUUUGUCUCACCCCCAACCCCAUCUCUUCUUCCUCUUUCCAACUUGAGAAGUAAAAGCAGGGCAAGAAGGUUCAGUCUUCCGUUACUGAUACUAGCAGCCUGUCCAACACUUACCACCUCUGCACUGACUGACUGUAUGCUCUAUUUCUCCUAAGCUUGUUUCUCAAUUCACUGCAGUGAGACCUUUGCGCUAAUCAUUUAGUCUUUCUUCCCCUUGCACUAAAGUGUGAUGGUCUCCCUGACAUUUUAUUUAGUAUACACUUGUCAAUCUUUAUUUUAUGGGCUUUUUGUUUGUUUGUUUGCUUGCUUAAGAACAGGUUGGCAAUGAUCUAUAUAAGGAUUGUAAACUUUAUUUAAAAAUUUGUAAACUUUUAAUUAAAAAUUUGUAAACUUAAAAUGUUUUAAAUAUGUUCUCAUUGGCAAAUUUCUCAACAAAAUAAAUAAAUCAUUACAAAUUUUGCUUUAAA